UGUGGCUCAAAAGAAGGAAACUUCCAAUACGUGGAAUCAUCUGAAGAUAUUCCUGGUACAAUGGAAACAACCUUGGGAUUAUUAGAAAUAAGUGAUAAAAAUCUCUAUCUAAAAAUCGGUGACAACCAAAUAUUACAAACUUAUUUUGAUAAUGAAGGAUUAGGAACUAUAGUUCUUACGGGCGAUUUGGAAACUAAAAUUGAUAAAAUCACAAUAUUAAAAGAUAACCAAAUUGUUGAUAUUGCGGAUGCUGAUAAAUAUGAAAUUUCUUUACCCCCACGUCAAAUUUUUAAUGAUGAUCCGACAUCAGUUUUAAU